AUGAUGCUGUCUCGUCGUGCAUGCUACAAGUGUGGCAACAUUGGCCACUAUGCGGAGGUCUGCUCUUCCUCGGAGCGUCUGUGCUAUAACUGCAAGCAGCCUGGUCAUGAGUCGAGCAGCUGCCCCCGUCCCCGCACCACUGAGACUAAGCAGUGCUACAACUGCCAGGGCCUCGGUCAUGUCCAGGCUGACUGCCCGACCCUCCGCCUGAACGGCGCCAAUGGCCGUUGUUACAACUGCAGCCAGCCCGGUCACCUUGCUCGCAACUGCACCAACCCCGCUGCUCCUGGCGCUGGCCGUCCCACCGGUCCCCGGGGUGGCUUCCAGGGCUUCCGGGGUAACUUCGGUGGCUACCCUCGCGCUGCCACUUGCUACAAGUGCGGUGGUCCUAACCACUUCGCCCGUGAUUGCCAGGCUCAGGCCAUGAAGUGCUACGCCUGCGGCAAGCUGGGUCACAUCUCUCGUGACUGCACCGCUCCCAACGGUGGCCCGCUCAGCUCCACUGGCAAGGUCUGCUACAAGUGUGCCCAGGCUGGCCACAUCUCCCGCGACUGCCCGACCAACGCCGAUGCUACUGCCGCCGCCGUUGCUGCCGUUGCCAACGCCCCUGCUGUGGAUGCUGCGGCUGUGACCCCCACGGCCCCCGCUGCUGUCCCCGCUGCUGCCCCUGCUGCUGCCCCUGUUGCGGCUGUUGCCGUCGAGGCCAGCACUGAGGCUGCCCCCGUCCCGACUGCGGCUCCGACUACCGCCGUCGCCUAA